AUGGAUGAGGUCUCUGUGAUUUGUAGUCAGUUAGGAUGUCCAACUUUCAUCAAAACCACUGUGUGGACUAAUUCCAGUGGGGGCUCUGGACGCAUUUGGAUGAAUCAUGUUUCUUGUCGAGGGAAUGAAUCGGCUAUCUGGAACUGCAAACAUGAUGGAUGGGGAAAACAUAGUAACUGCAUUCACAAACAGGAUGCUGGAGUAACCUGUUCGGACGGAUCCGAUUUGGAGUUGCGGCUGGUGAAUGGAGGACACAGGUGUGCAGGAAGAAUAGAGGUCAAAUUCCAAGAACAGUGGGGAACAGUGUGUGUUAACAGAUUCAACACAGAUCAGGUUUCUGUGAUUUGUAAACAACUUGAAUGUGGAAGUGCUGUCAGUUACUUUGAUUCAGCUAAUUUUGGAGAAGGUUCUGGACCAAUCUGGUUGGAUGAUCUUGUGUGCCAUGGAAAUGAGUCAGCUCUCUGGCACUGCAAGCACCAGGAAUGGGGAAAGUCUAUUUGCCCUCAUGCUAAAGAUGCUGGAGUGAUUUGCUUUGAUGGAGCAGAUCUGGGAAUGAGAGUGGUUGAUGGAGUCUCUAAAUGUUCAGGAAGAUUAGAAGUGAAAUUCCAAGGAGAAUGGGGGACAGUGUGUAAUGAUGGCUGGGAUAGGGAUGAAGCCGCUGUGGCAUGUAAGCAGCUUGAAUGCCCAACUGCCAUCACUGGCAUUGGUUGAGUUAAUGCCAGUGAGGGAACUGGACCCAUUUGGCUCGACAGUGUUGCCUGCCAAGGACAUGAAUCUGCUAUUUGGCAGUGCAGACACAGAGAAUUGGGAAAGAGUAUCUGCAAUCAUCAGAAAGAUGCUGGUGUCAUAUGUUCUGAUGAAUCAGAUCUGGAACUGAGACUUAUAGGAGGAGGCAGCCGCUGUGCUGGGACAGUGGAAGUGGAAAUUCAGAAACUAGUAGUAUGAGUGUAUGACAGCACCUGGUGGAGGAAAGGAGUUAAUGUGAUUUGCAGACAGUUGGGAUGUGGAUCUGCACUCAAAGUAUCCUAUCAAAGUUAUUCAAAAAUUAAGCCAACAAACAUGUGGCUGUUUUUACAGCAAUGUAUAGGAAAUGAAACUUCUAUUUGGGAUUGCAAGAAAUGGCAGUUGGGUGGACUUACCUGUUUUUAUUAUAAAGAAGCCAAAGUUACCUGCUCAGCCCACAGGGAACCCAGACUCAUUGGAGGAGACAUUCCCUGCUCUGGUCGUGUUGAAGUUAAAUAUGGUGACAAAUGGGGCACUGUUUGUGACUCUGACUUCUCUCUGGAAUCUGCCAAUGUGCUGUGCAGGGAGUUGCAAUGUGGCACCGUUGUUUCUAUCCUGGGAGGAGCUUACUUUGGAGAAGGAAAUGGACAGAUUUGGGCUGAAGAAUUCCAGUGUGAGGGGCAUGAGUCCCAUCUUUCACUCUGCCCAGUAGCACCCCGCCCAGAUGGGACUUGCAGUCACAGCAGAGACAUUGGAGUAGUCUGCUCAAGAUACACAGAAAUGCGGCUGGUGAAUGGCAAGUCGCCAUGUGAAGGAAGAGUGGAGCUCAAGGUUCUAGGGACCUGGGGAUCCCUCUGCAACUCUCACUGGGACAUGGAAGAUGCCCACGUUUUGUGCAAGCAGCUUAAGUGUGGAAUUGCCCUUCCUACCCAAGAAAGAGCACAUUUUGGGAAAGGAAACAGUCAGGUCUGGAGGCACAUGUUUCACUGCACUGGAACUGAGCAACACAUGGGAGAUUGUCCUGUAACUGCUCUGGGUGCAUCACUAUGUUCUGCAGAGCAAGUGGCCUCUGUAAUCUGCUCAGGAAUCCAAAGUCAGAGACUAUUCCCUUGCGAUUCAACAUCUUUGAGCCUGACAAGCUCUCCCAUUUCACAAGAAAGAGCUGUUGCUUGCAUAGAGUGUGGUCAACUUCGCCUGGUAAAUGGAGGUGGUCGCUGUGCUGGGAUAGUAGAGGUCUAUCAUAGGAUCUCCUGGGGCACCAUCUGUGAUGACAACUGGGACCUAAAAAAUGCCCAUGUGGUGUGCAGACAUCUGGGCUGUGGGGUUGCCAUUAAUGCCACUACUUCUGCUUAUUUUGGGGAAGGAACAGAGCCCAUCUUGCUGGAUCAGGUAAACUGUAAUGGAAAAGAAGCACAUAUGUGGCAGUGCCCUUCACAUGGCUGGGGACAACACAAUUGCGGGCAUAAGGAGGAUGCAGGAGCUAUCUGCUCAGAGUUCUUGGCUCUGAAACUGACCAGUGAAACCGGCAGAGAGACUUGUGCAGGACGUCUGGAACUUUUUUAUAAUGGAACAUGGGGCAGCAUUGGCAAGAACAACAUGUCUCAAAUCACUGUGGAUGUGGCAUGCAGGCAGCUGGGCUGUGCAGACAAAGGGACCAUCAGCCCUGCAUCUGCAGUCAAGACAAUGUCCAGGUACAUGUGGGUGGACAAUGUUCAGUGUCCAAAAGGGCCUGACACAUUAUGGGCGUGCCCAUCAUCUCCAUGGAAGCAGAGACUGGCAAGCCCCUCAGAGGAGACCUGGAUCACAUGUUCCAGCAAGAUAAGACUUCAAGAAGGAAACACUACCUGUGCUGGACGUGUGGAGGUCUGGCAUGAAGGUUCCUGGGGGACAGUGUGUAAUGACUCCUGGAACCUUGACAGUGCUCAGGUGGUGUGUCGACAGCUGGGCUGUGGCUCAGCUUUGAAGGCACUCAAAGAGGCAGCAUUUGGUCUGGGGACUGGACCCAUAUGGCUCAGUGAAGUGAAGUGCAAAGGGAAUGAGUCUUCCUUGUGGGAUUGUCCUGCCAAAUCCUGGGGGAACAGUGACUGUGGGCACAAGGAAGAUGCUGCUGUGAUGUGUUCAGGUGAGUGCCAGGAUACAGGAUUAUGCUUGGAACCUCUGGUAGCUAAGAAGUGGUGAGCCAUCUAGUGCAUCGUGUAAAGACUGGGUGUGUCAACAUAGGGAUCUAGUGGGAAAAGAAUCCUAAUGUUUCCGUCUGAAGAAAUGAUGAAAAUAUUUGUUGUUAAUCAUUGGCCUUCACCAAGGAAAAGCAUAUUACUCAUCUGUGUUCCUGUGCAGAGGGAAGAGAACAACAUCUUUUUAGGUCAGAAGUAAUAGUUUGCUUGAUUGAGAGCCGGCUACUCAAGGCACACGUAGAAAAU